AUGGCCAUCCUUGACAAAUUCAAGUCAGAGUCGUCUGAAAAGCAUGAGCAUUCUCUUGAGCUGCCCGGCCGCGAAGUUGAGGAGCAGCAUGGUGACAAGAGCGUGGUGGAGACGACCAACACCGCGCUCAACACCGGUGACGAUGAAGACGACUCGGAUUCGGUGCAAGAUGGCGUGAAGAGAGCGCAAGCCACGACGAUUGUCUGGAGCAGGAAUUCCCUCAUCGUCGCCUACGGCCUCAUCUUCCUCAUCUUCUUCGUCAACUCCUUUGGCCAGCAAAUCUCCAACAACCUGCUUCCAUUCGUGACGAGUGCGUUCUAUCAGCAUUCCCUCACGGCGACCACCAAUGUCGUUUCGGGCCUGGUGUCGGGAGUCAUCAAGCUGCCCGUCGCCAAGUUGAUGGACGUUUGGGGUCGCCCGCAAGGCUACUGCCUCAUGCUCUUCUGUGCCGUGCUUGGCUACAUCAUGAUGGCCGCCACCAAUGGCGUCACCGUGUACGCGGCGGCACAGGUCUUUUACUGGGUGGGCCAAGACGGGCUCGCCUACGUGCUCGACGUCUUCAUUGCAGACACGUCGUCGUUGAAGUGGCGUGGACUCAUGAUCGCCUUCUCAACCAGCCCAUACAUUGCCACGACCUUCGCAGGCCCGGCGGCGGCCCAGGCGUGGUAUGAAACGACUGGCUUUCGAUGGGCCUUCGGCACCUGGGCCAUCCUCACGCCCGUCAUCUCCAUCCCGUUCCUGUGGGUGUUCUGGUUCAACCAGCGCUUAGCCAAGCGGCAAGGUGUGCUUGUCGAGAAGCGAGCCGCGAGUGGGCGUACUACGUGGCAGUCGGUACAGCAUUACUUGAUCGAGUUUGAUGUCGUCGGCAUGAUCUUGCUCAUUGCAGGCUGGUCAAUGUUCCUCCUGCCGUUCAGCCUUGCGACUGACCUGCCUUCGAAAUGGCAAUCACCCACCAUCAUCGCCCUGCUCGUCGUCGGCUUCUGCUGCCUCAUUGGCUUUGGCGUGUGGGAGCGCUUCUUCGCGCGCAAGUCGUUCCUCCCCUUCCGCUUGCUGACCGACCGAACGGUGAUUGGGUCCUGCUUGACGGCUGCGUCGCUCUUCUUCAGCUUCUACUGCUGGAACAGUUACUUCACCUCCUUCCUGCAGGUGGUGUACGAUAUCGACAUCAGCGAUGCGGGAUACAUCGGCAACACCUACAGCCUCGGCUCCUGCUUCUGGAGCAUCGUGGUCGGCAUCCUGGUGCCGAUUACGGGGCGCUUCAAAUGGAUGGCAGUGUGCGCGGUGCCGCUGCAGAUCCUGGCAACGGGCCUGAUGAUCUACUUCCGCCAACCCGGCCAGGCGCUCGGCUACGUGAUCAUGUGCCAGGUGUUCAUCGCCAUCAGCGGCGGCACGAUUGUAGUCACGCAGCAGCUGGCCAUCAUGGCGGCAGCGGGGCCGGAGAAUGUGGCGGUGGCGCUGGCGCUGCAAUCCCUCUUCACCUCCGUGGGCGGAGCAAUCGGGGCCAGCGUGAGCGGAGCCAUCUGGACGAACACGUUUGAAGGCGAGCUCCUGCGCGCUCUGCCGGACAAUCUCAAGCCGCAAGCCGACAAGAUUUAUGAAAGUCUGGCAACCCAACUCACCUACACGUGGGGGAGUCCGGGGCGGGACGCGAUUGUGCUGGCGUACGGGAACACGCAACGCUACAUGUGCAUCGCUGCGACCUGUGGCCUCGUGGUCAUGCUGGUGGGCGUGUUCAUGUGGAGGGACAUCCGCGUCAAGGACUUCCGGUCACCGCGAGGGGCGAAGGUGGUGUAG